AUCAAAAACUGGUCCUAACCUCCUAAAUGUACAGUACAAUCUAUACUACUAGUACUGAACACCGAGGAGGAAGACUCCCUCAACCGACGGUAUAACGGGAGGAGCGAAGGUAUCAAGGUAGAGUUUCGGAGAUGGGAUCGAGCGAAAUCGAAGAUCCAGAGGAGUCUCGGAGCAUUCUUCACUGAAAAUUGAGCUCGAAAUUGUUCGGAAAAGCGGUGAUUGUGGGAAAAAAAGAGAGGAGCUUUUUGGAUUACUGAUUCGACAGAAAAGCGAUGGAGUCUCGGAUGGAUCAGUACGAGAUCAUGGAGCAGAUUGGGCGCGGCGCUUUCGGCGCUGCCAUUCUCGUCAAUCACAAGCUCGAGAAGCAGAAGUACGUACUGAAGAAGAUUCGUCUGGCUAGGCAGACGGAGCGAUGCAGGAGAUCUGCUCACCAAGAGAUGGCUCUGAUUGCACGGAUUCAACACCCCUACAUUGUUGAAUUUAAGGAAGCAUGGGUGGAGAAAGGUUGCUAUGUUUGCAUCGUUACUGGGUACUGCGAAGGCGGAGACAUAGCUGAAUUGAUGAAAAAAUCAAAUGGGCAGUAUUUUCCCGAGGAGAAACUCUGCAAGUGGUUCACUCAGCUACUAUUGGCAGUCGAAUAUCUGCAUGGAAAAUUCGUUUUACAUCGAGACCUAAAAUGUUCCAAUAUCUUUCUUACCAAAGAUCAAGAUGUUCGCCUUGGGGAUUUUGGACUUGCUAAGACUUUGAAGGCAGAUGACUUGGCUUCUUCGGUAGUUGGAACUCCCAAUUACAUGUGUCCCGAACUUCUUGCAGAUAUACCUUACGGUUUCAAAUCGGAUAUUUGGUCCCUAGGUUGCUGUAUGUAUGAGAUGGCUGCUCAUCGACCCGCAUUUAAAGCUUUUGACAUGGCAGGGUUGAUAAGUAAGAUAAACCGAUCGUCCAUUGGUCCUAUACCUUCCUGUUAUUCCCCCUCCCUAAAAACACUUAUCAAGGGCAUGCUAAGAAAAAACCCUGAACAUCGGCCAAGUGCAUCAGCUAUCCUGAAGCACCCGUAUUUGCAGCCUUAUGUUGAGCAAUACCGCUCAUCAUUUAACCCUCCUGCUUCCUAUUCACCAGAGAAGCCUCUUUUUCGCGCUCGUGAUACUAGGAAGAAUCCGGCUGAAAGCGAGAGCAGUAACAGUUCUUGUAGUGACAAAGGUAGCUUCAUUUCAAGCGAGAAAAAAAUCAAGGUCAUGGCAUUAAAUUGUGACAACAAAGGUACUGAUACAGAUUUGGCUUCUAUGGACGAUGAGGUUGGAUGUGAGCAGUUGUUACUUGAUAAUGUACAAAAUUGCUCCUUGAAAAUGGAUGAAGAAGAAGUAAUGAAACAUUUGCAUGCCAAACAGAUAUCUAAUCCUGUAUUUAAGCAUCCGAAACCUGCAAAACAUACUGUGGUGGUUUCAAAAGCAGGGAGUGCUAGAGAAAAUAGCUCCCCAAUAAGAGGGAUCCGCACAGAAACUGGGGGAGCUGGGACCCCAAGAAUAAAUUUAGAAGCGUUGCCUAAAGUCCCCAAACCUAGUCCAGUUACUCCUGGUUUCAAGGCCAAUAUAGAGACAUCACCUUUUGCACCAGCAAUCGGGAGCUUUGAGUCUGUGAAACGGAGUAAGGGAAUGCAUUCUCUGAAGCAUCAGUUACCUGUUGUUGAUUUCUCUCCAAAGACUAGACAGAAACAUGAUGGAAUCCCUCCAUGUGGUCCCAUGAAACAUGUUGCUGAAGAUGGAUUUCCUGCAAAGCCAAGAAUAAAAACACCUCCUAAUCUGGCUAGAAGAUCGUCAUUUUCUGGACGGAUGAACCCAGUGGAGGGUGAUGCUUCCAAUGCAGAGGCCAAUACUCAAAAUCCCGAGAGGACUUUGUGCAUGGUGCCCACUCGUCGCCUUGCGCAGUUUCCAAAAGAGACUAUACGAGAGUCACAUAAGGCUCUAGUGGGAGCUUGCAAAGGGAUGCAAGCAGAUAGCAGCAAUUCUGCCUCGUCUUCAUUGUCAGUUCAAGCAUUUGAGCUUUCUGAUGAUGCAACAACUCCUCUUACCGCCUUCACAGAUCAGAUACUAACUGGUCAUGAUUCCAAAACUGAAAGCUUAAGACCAGCUACCUCCAAAGUUGCUUCCCCAAUCAAAUCUGACAUUCCUAAUGCUACAACAGUGGAAAAACAUGGACGUGACAAUAGAUCUGUAGAAACAUCUGUCUGUAAAGAUGAUAACCCUUCAAGCGGGCCUAGUAGGGAGCAUAAUGUAAUGCCCAUGUUAAACCUCACGUGUAAAGUGGAUGGCGAUGAUAAGUUUACUGUGAGGGAACUACUGUCAUCAGCAGUUGAUAUCAACUCUUCUCCUACACUUCCAGUUUUAUCCAACCACACGAAUUUUGUGCCAGACACAGAAGUUGUUUCACAAAAUCCAGCAAUUGAAAAUCCAGCUAGUGCACAUCUUCCUCCUGCUUUCGAUGAUGUCAUCCAUGUCAUAAGGCACAGUAGUUUUCGUGUUGGGACCGAGCAACCAGUUAUCGAAACUGUGGAGAGUGGAAAAGGUGUGGAUGUUGGGAAACUGAUAAAUGUAGUAAGUGACGAAAAGGAGAUGAAAAACCUUGGAAAUCCUUUGGCUCUGAAAUCAUCUAGUUGUUCCGAAAAUAUGAGACUGAUUUCAGUUUCCUCUGAUACUUCUGGAAUUAAGGAAAUUGAUGCCAGAAAUCCCACCUCUUUGAAUACAGAAGUUGAACCUUCUGAGCCAGCAAAAGCUAAUCCGACUGCAACAGUAGAGGAAAUGCCCGCGAAGGAAACUUUGGAUGUCACGUCUUUCAGGCAGCGGGCAGAUGCAUUGGAAGGGCUUUUGGAAUUGUCUGCAGACUUGCUUCAGCAAAAUAGAUUGGAAGAACUUUCAGUUGUUUUGAAGCCUUUUGGAAAAGAUAAGGUCUCCCCAAGAGAGACAGCUAUGUGGCUGGCAAAAAGUCUAAAGGGGAUGAUGCUCGAGGACUUCCAACGGAGUUCGUAAAUCGUAUAUUCUGCUGGUACGAUCUCUCUAAUUUCUCCUUAGUUGAGAUUGUUUCUGUCGUUAAAAUACCGAUUGAAUUGUUGAAUGUGGGGCUUUUGCCUGUUUCCAUAUUUCAUUCUUUACCUGCCGUAUGGUGUACAUAGUGACCAUAUGAAGCCAAUAAAUUUCUGCUUUCUGGGCAAAUGGAUGUGAUGUAACAUAUUGUGACCAAACCAUUGAAUGAGAUUCUCAGCAAGGGACUGUUAAUGUC